AUGGAGGGCCUCAUCAAGAACCUUUUUGGCGGCAAGCCAUCUACUGGCUCUGAUGAUUUCGCCGACUUCGUGGAAGCCCCGAGCCCUUCGCCUGCGUCCCUUCUCGCCGACACUACCACCGUCCCGGCUGGCAACACCCAGGCUGCCGGUGUCGCGCCCUACACGAAAUGGUACCGGGUGUGGGAGCGCACCUCGCCCAAGGACUUCAUGCAGGAGGCGAUGAUCAUGCCCUUCGUGCUGGUCCUGAUCCUCUUCCACUUCUGGGGUACGCGGAAGAAUCGCCGCAAGGCUCGCGAGUGGGCGCAGGCUCAUGUUCCUCUUCUCCAGAAAGAAUUUGCGGUGGUUGGUUUCGAUGGGGUCCCGCGCCAGCCGUCGGAGGAGGCUGAGCAGAUCACCGUUGAGCUGGCCGACCCUGAGAAGAGCCUGAAGGAGAAGGCAAGUGAUGAAUUCACCACCUACGCUACCGGCCGCCAGAACGUCGCUUUCCUGGAUGUUUCGAUCAAACUGCCUAAGCGCUACAACCCUGUUACCUACUUUGUGGAGUACGCCUUCAGCUUCUUUUUUGACAGCUGGGAGGCGCCCCAAGAGAAGUACGAUGCUCUGAUGUACGCUUUCGAUGGCAAAGAGAAGGAUCUGGUUCCUGUCCCCAACAAGGAUCCCAGCAGUCUCAAGGUGAACAACUCUACCUAUGAUGGCUUCAUCUGGGCUGUGGUCCACAAAAGCCACAUGCGCAAGUUCCGUACCGACCGCUACGAUGCCUCUAUUACUUUCUCCAAGGACCACCCCAAACUCCCUUCCUGGGUGACUGUCAUGUCCGAGAGCGCUGAAAUCACCGAGACUUUGCUUUCCAAAGACCUGAUCCAGGCGAUUGAGCAGGCGGGCAAUGACUUCGAGUUCUUGAUCGUUACCGACCAGCCUAUUGACAAGCCCACCAAAAUCGACGAAACGAACCCAAGGAAGCGUAUUCAACUUUCAUGCAACCUCUCCUCGUCCUCCAGCUACGAGUCUACCCUGCCGCUCUUCCAGCAGUACCUCCGAUUCGGUGACAAGCUUGUCGCAUCAGCCCACUUCCGUGGUGAGGUUCUGCGUAAGAUCCGCAACGUUCGUGACGAGGAGAUCAAGAAGCUCCGCCGUGCGGAGGAGGAGGAGAAGGCCGAAGAGCGCAAGCUUGCUGCUGAGAAGAUCAAGAAGGAGGAGCGUGAGCGCCAGCUUCGCGGCAUGACCGCCGAGGAGCAGCGCAAGUUCUUGGACCGCGAGAGCCAAAAGGAGCAGCGCCGCUCAAUGAAGAAGAGCACUCGCAGGGCAUAA